CUGCAGGACCCUCAGCUGGAGCAGCUGGUGUAAACACCAUGGAAGACAGUAGGUGCAAUGCUAAAAAACAGCAGCCUUCACUGACCCAGAGAGUGAAAACGAUGGCGUCUGUGAUAGAGCUGCUUUUGGAAACACUGAAAGAUUUGAGUUCCGAGGAGUUUGAGGAGUUCCCGAGCAAGUUGCAUCUAUUUAAAUUCUCCAGACCUCGCUUAUUUGCGAGAACAGACUCCCAAUUAACGAUGCAGGAAAUACCAGACCUGCAGGACACAGUGUUUUCAAUGGUGCAGACUUUUGGCCAGAAGUCUGUGGAGAAGACCAAGAAAGUUUUAAAGAAGAUGAAGAGGACCGACCUGGUGCAGAGGUUGUCUGACAGCAGCUCAGGAAACAAAAGAAGGACAAGAACUAAAAAAAAACACUCAGUGGAUGAACACCUGUCUGCACUGAUCCACAAAGUUGCAACAAUGGCGUCUGUUAAAGAGCUUCUUUUAGAGACACUCAGUGAUUUGAGUUCUGAAGAAUUUAAGUCCUUCAAGUGGCUGCUGCAGUUCACGUUGUUCAAGAGGAACCUUCCACAACUCUCAUGGGAACAACUGAAGUGCGCAGGCAGGGUAAACCUACUGGUGAAUAUGAUGGUGAAGAAAUAUGGUCAACAGUCUGUGGAGGUGACGAAGGAAGUUUUCAUGGACAUGAACAGGAUGGAUCUGGUGCAGAGGCUGUCAGAGACCAGCUCAGGAUUCAAAGCUGCAGGAUCAUCGACUAAGGCAUUUGAUGUGUACACCACAGAGAGAGAGAAACACUCUGUGGAUGAACAUUGGCCAGCACUGACCCAGAAAGUGGAAAUGAUGGCGUCUAUGAUAGAGCUGCUUUUGGAAACAUUGAAAGAUUUGAGUUACGGGAAGUUCAAGGAGUUCAAACUGGUCCUGAGGCAAAUUCACUUUCCUUCAUUUAAGAAAUGGGGGGUGCUGGAGACAAUGGGCCUGCAGGACACAGUGUUUUUAUUGGUGCAGACUUUUGGCCAACGGUCUGUGGAGACGACUAAGGAGAUUUUAAAGAAGAUGAAGAGGACUGACCUGGACCAGAAGUUGUCUGAGAGCAGCUCUGGAUCCAAAAAGAAACCCUCUACAGAUGAACAACGCUCUGCACUGAUCCAGAAAGUUGCAACAAAAGCAGCUGUUAAACAACUGCUUUUGGAAACCCUGAAGGAUUUGAGUAACAAGGAGCUCCAAGAAUUAAAGAGGCGCCUGAAGAUUAUUUUCUCCCAGAAGGACCUCCAAAUGGGUUUGAGAGACACAGCAGACAGAGCAGAAAUAGUGGAUCUGAUGGUGGAAACCUACAGCCAGCAGUCUGUGGAGUUAACCAGGGAGAUUUUCAUGGACCUGAGCAGGGCUGAUCUGGUUCAGAGGCUGUCAAAGCCCAGCUCAGGACUCGAAGAGAAACCCUCUGUGGAUGAUCAUCGACCUGCACUGCUGGAGAGAGUAUCAGCGAGGGCAGCUGUAAGAAAGCUUCUUUUUGAGACACUCAAUGGUUUGAGUUUUAAAGAGCUUGAGAAAUUUAAGUUUUUGCUGCAGUUCACGUACUUCCAAAAGAGCCUCCCACAAAUCUCAAAGAGUCAAAUGAAGAGGACACACAGUGCAGAACAACUAGUGGAUCUGAUGGUGGAGAACCUGGUGGAGAACCAGCAGUAUGUGGAGGUGACCAAGGAGGUUUUCAUGGAAAUGAACAGGACUGAUCUGGUGCAGAGGCUGUCAGAGACCAGCUCAGUACUCAAAGAGAAACAUCAGUCUGAACCACCCCAGAAAGAAGUAACCAUAACAUCACUUUUUGAGAAGCUUUUGGAAACACUGGAAGAUUUAAGUUCUGGGGAUCUCGAGCAAUUCAGGCAUGUCCUGCAAUACAUGAAAAUGAAGGAAGGUCUCCCAAGAAUCCCAAGACACCAAAUGGAGAUGGCAGGCAGAGCUGAAAUAGUGGAGCUAAUGGUGAAGACCUACGGCCAGCAGUCUGUGGAGGUAACCAGGGAGGCUUUAAAUAAACUGAACAGAACUGAUCUGGUGCAGACGUUGUCAGACAUCAGCUCAGGAUCCAAAGAAGGGCCUUCAAGAAGCUUGGUGCUUAAGGGUGGUGGCAGCAGUAUGCAGGACUCCAGUGACUGGACUAAACUUGAACCUGAAGUGAACAGUACAGAUGCUGAUGAGGCUCCAGCUUACAGCCUACAGACUGAAGCAGGAAAGUUUGAAUGCAGUGUCUCUGGAUUGCGCUGGUUCUGUAAGGAGAAGGUCAACUUUAAGUACCAGUUUUGCUCUUGGGAGGAACACAUAGAGAGGAUGGAAAGCAUCCAAUACAUGCCUGCAGGUCCCCUAAUUGACAUCACAGUCAGGUCUGGAAAGUUGGAUGAAGUGUACCUGCCACACUGGAUCUGCAUAGAUGACAACCCUAAAAUAUCCAACAAGUUUGCAGUCUUACACAUCAAUGACUGUGGAGAUGAAGUGGAAAAAGUGUCCGAGGUUACACAAUCUCAUGUCAAGUUAUCUGAACCAGUUUUUUCUCCAAGAGCGGUCCUGAUGAAAGCCGGCAUUCCUGUGAAAGUAAACUGUAAUGUGCUAAUAUACAAGACCAACACAGCAUUCCUGACACUCCAUGUUUAUCUGAUCCCACGGGAUCCUGGUCUACAACAGGCAAUGGACAAGAGGGAAUUGUCCUAUGGAUACAAAGUAAUCCGAAAGCCACACCCAGAGAAGUCCCUGAAAAUGCGCGAUCGUUUCAUCUUAACUGCAGAUUUGGAUGGUGCAGAAAUUUAUCCUGAAGAACUAAAGCUCAGAUAUGAAAGCAGAACCCCAAAUUUCUACGAAGUGUUCAUUGAAAAUCCAGACAGAAACUUUGCGCUCAAGCUCGCAGAAAGAAAUGGUCAACAAGCAGUAUGGACCUGUGCAAUUCGAAAAGACGAAUACCAAAGUACUCCUCAUAAACAAGGGGAGCACUUUGUGGAUAAACACCAGUGUGAUCUGAUUAAGAGAGUGAGCAAUAUUGGACCAAUCUUGGAUAAUCUCCUGAAAGAACAAAUAAUUCAACGAGAAGAUUAUGAUACAAUCAGGGCUAUCCCAACCACUCAGGAGAAGAUGAGGACACUCUAUAGUGGUCCCCUUAAUGCUGGUGGACAUGCAUGCAAAGACAUCUUCUACAAAAUCCUUGAGGAGGACGAGUCAUUUCUUGUUGCUGAUCUGAAGAGGACGGAGUGAUAAACACUGCGACCAUUGGAUAAAUUGGCAGUAGUGGUAGAAUGAAUGAAGAGGGAGGGAGCCAUGAUGGCUAGAACAAAGCAGUUAAUUGUAAUAAUGAAGAAGAAUUUCGUUUUCCACUUGGAAGCUGCGAUACAAGUCAAAGCAGAAAGUCAAGUGUGAUUUAUUUCCAACUGUAAAUUAAGUUUAUAACUUUGCACCAGGCUGUACAUACAGAACAGAAAGAGUGUAUUUAGAGUAUUAUAGUCACUUUUUAAAAAUACAUUUUUGUUUCUGAUUUUGCACAAAUAUAAUUGUGACUAUAUAUAUAUAUAUAUAUAUAUAUAUAUAUAUAUAUAUA